CCCGUAAAGACAUCAAGAGCCGGGGAAUAGGUUUGAGUGCGCGUCUUUCUCCUCGCCACUCCAGCAACAAGAAGGGACGUGAUGGGCUUUGGAAAAGUCUGGGGGGAUUUCUGUAGCUACGAGACACCCAAAGUGAUCGUGGUGAAGAACCCUAACCUGGGCGUCAUUUACAGGCUGGUCCAGCUUCUAAUCCUGGUUUAUUUCAUCUGGUACGUGUUUAGCAACCAGAAGGGCUACCAGGAGAGUGAAUCUGGCCCAGAGAGCUCCGUCAUUACCAAAGUCAAAGGGGUCACCUUCUCGCAGCAUAAAGUGUGGGAUGUGGAGGAAUACGUGAAGCCCCCCGAGGUGAGACACCCCUUGCCCAAA